AUGGAAAUGUCAGAUUAUACCAACCCAGAAGAAUACCCCACUGAAAUUCAGGAUUAUCUUGCAGCAUUUGAACAAUGUCUUGGUUCUGUAGAUGAGAUGCUGAAAGCAAUGAUGUUGGUUUCUAGGAGUGACCUCCAAAAGUUAGAGCCUCUGGAGCAAGCAAAGCUGGAUUUGGUUUCAGUGUACACGUUAAAUUCAUUGUUCUGGGUAUACUUGGUUAACCAGGGAGUCAAUCCAAAGGAACAUCCAGUGAAACAAGAACUGGAGAGAGUAAGAACAUACAUGAACAGGGUCAAAGAAAUAGCAGAAAAGAAAAAGGCAUCCAAACUUGAUAAAGGAGCUGCUUCUAGAUUUGUAAGAAAUGCACUCUGGGAACCAAGCGCUGAAAACGAAAAGAAAUCCAAAGGUCCUGGUAAAGGAAAAAAGAGAAAAAUGGACUAA